AUGUUUGAUCGCCAUACCGAUGUCGAUGCUGUGCUGAAGAACAAAAAUCUCGAUCAGAGACGACCCUGCAUGGGGGAACUGAACAGUCAAACCAUCGCAAUCCACACCUUGGCUCACCAAGAUUCCCUCGCCUCACAACAAGGAUGGUGCUCACCUUGGAAGCAAGACAGUGAACCACUGAUGCUUGGAAGAUUCGGGUCCUCCGUGAUCUAUCUCUGUCUCUCAAAGGCCAUCGAUAUUUGGAACGAGGGCCCUAGUGCAUUUAAAUAUGACCUUGAUCCUUACACAAUGUACACCCUUCUACCUUCGCAACAUUUACCAUCUUGGAAUCGCCAUCAUCUGCCUGUCGAGGACUUGGUUUUGCCUGACGUGAUAUACGAUCAAGGCUGUGGGAUUCCCAGCCAGUCAAUUUCCUUGGCAUACCUCGAAGAUCGUCUUUUUUUGUUUACUACUCAAAGCCAGUCAUCGGUCCGAUUUGGAAUCGUUCAGCCGGCAGGCGGCAUAUUUGCUCUUCAUAUGUGGGCGAACGGCUCAUGGACAAAUAUGGCACGUAGUACCAAGACGUUGUGUCGGCAGUUCGCUUUUACAGCACCAGUCUAUCUAAGUGUCAUUUUCGACAAGGAAUCAAGAGAAGACUUUGAUAAGAAUCCAUAUCGACACAAUAUUUACUACACAGAAGAAGCCUCGAUGCUCGUUCCGAUUUAUCUAGCGCCGGUCUACCGUACCAGCGUUAGCCACCUUGCCGAGAAUGUCCUUUUUAUGGGACUGCCGAAGUUCAAGGUAGAAGAGCAAAAGUGCAAGCAUUGCAAGAAGAAACUGCCAUCUUCGAACCGGGUAGUUGUUGCAUACGAAGUUAGGAACAGCGGUUUGUGCAUGACUGUGAGACCUAUAACACCCAAGCCACCAAAGGAAAAGAGGAAGAUUGAGGAUUAGGAUGGAUGCGGUACGUUAAAGAAGCCAAAACUUGUUAGUAAUUCAUUGCCGUUGGUGCACAUGGUAUUGUUGCGUUGGGCCAGAACCCAUUCAUAAGAAGCAAGCCAAUGCUUGGUCCUGUAUAUCAAUAUAGAGAAUACCAAAGAACGCCAUUGGUCUUUCUUAUG